AUGUCUCUCAGAGCUCCCCUCCGUACGCUGGGCAAGAAUGGCCCGAGCGUACCACCUCUUGGCUUCGGCUUGAUGGGGUUGUCUGGGUUCUAUGGUACACCCCCUAAUGACGAAGAGCGAUUCCAACUUUUGGAUCGUGCCGUCGAGCUAGGAGAAACAUUUUGGGAUACUUCCAACAUCUACGGCGACAACGAAGAACUGCUCUGCAAGUGGUUCAAGCGUACUGGAAAGCGAAAUGAAAUCUUUCUCGCAACAAAAUUUGGAAUAGCUAUGGAAAAUGGAAAAUUCACGGGUGUUAAUAGCUCUGCCGAGUAUUGCAAAACUGCAUGCGCCGAGAGCCUGAAGAGACUUGGGGUUGACUAUGUUGAUCUGUACUAUGUUCAUCGUGUCGACUCUGAAACACCGAUUGAAGAAACCAUGCGUGCCAUGGCUGAUUUGCAAGCCGAAGGGAAAAUAAAGUACAUUGGCCUAUCGGAAGUAAGCUCGACGACGCUUCGCCGCGCCUGCAAGAUUGCUCCGGUUUCUGUCGUCCAGAUGGAAUACUCGCCCUUCGUGCUUGACAUUGAGAAAGCCCGUGGUACUAACCUACUUCAAACCUGCCGCAAGCUAGGUGUCGCUGUGGUUUGUUACUCUCCAUUGGGGAGAGGCAUUCUCACUAGUUCGUUCACCAGCAGAGACGCUUUUAAGGGCGAAGGCGAUAUGCGUGCUAUUACCUUUCCUCGAUUCAGUGAAGAAAACUUUGAUGCAAAUGCUAAACUCGUGAGCCAAUUCGGCGCUCUUGCAGCUAAAAAGGACUGCACAGUAUCGCAGCUGGCUCUUGCAUGGCUCCUCAAACAGGGCGAUGACAUUUUCCCCAUUCCGGGAACCAAGAAAAUUACAUAUUUGGAGCAAAAUUGGGCAUCAAAGGACGUCAAGCUGACAGAUAGUGAGGAACAAGAAAUUAGAGGCUUUGUAGAGAAGGCUGAAUUGGCUUUGUCGGGCUAUCGUUCUAUGCCUCAAGGCCGAGCAACAAUCAGCAGUAUGGACGCGCCUCUCAUAGUAGUCGUCGGUGCUCUAGGAGCGCAAGGUGGCAGCGUCGUGUCAGCCUACCUCGCUUCACAAAAAUCAGAGAAUUUUCGAAUCCGGGCUUUGACAUCCAACUCAUCCAGUGAUGCUGCUCUCAGCUUGGCAACAAAACCGCGCGUCACUGUUGUCGGCGUUGACCUCGAUUCACCAGAAAGCCUGGCCGCUGCUUUUCAAGACGCAAACUUCAUCUUUGCCAACACCAUAUUCCCUCCCGAAACGCUUAUUACAAAAGGAGGAGUUGCUGCUCAGGAAUUGGAGGCGAGACGCGGAUUGAAUGUUGCCCAGGCAACGUCCAAAAUUCCUUCGCUGCAGCAUUUGGUUUGGUCUACGCUUCCGGAUGCCCUCAGGAUUACGAACGGCAAAUAUGCGAUACCGCAUUUUCAGUCGAAAAUCCCCGCUGAGCUGUAUUUGAGCGAUCCAAAGAAUGGUAUGGAUUCAAAAACGACGUAUCUUCAUGUUGGCUUGUACGGCUCAAAUCUCGAAAGGCCUCCUUACCUUCCAAUCUAUACCCCUGUUGCAAAUAAAUACGUCAUAACGCUUCCGUGUUCUCCCAACGCUAUCAUUCCAUUCAUUGGAGACGAAAAACUCAAUGUUGGUCUAAUAGUAGAAGCAAUCUUUAGUCAGCCCGAGAAAACUCGCGGUCAGUCUGUGGUAGGAGCUUCUGAAUACAUCAGCGGCGCAGACUGGGCUUUGGCAUUGUCCAAAGCACUACAUUGGAAGAAAACCCCUACGACAGAAGCAGUUUUCGUCGAGACCACCCAAGAAUCUUACAAGGCUUUGUGGGGUGACCAUAUUGGGGCAGAAAUUGGUAUCAUGUUUGCAUAUUUCGACGAGUUGCAAGAGAAAAGCUUUGGGUCUUCAUCCGUCAUGACUCCAGCUGAUCUAGGAAUACAGGAAUCAUUGAGAUCUACGGAGCAACGGUUGAAAGACAUCAACUGGGAGACCAUCCUAGCUUAG